CAACUGUCAAAAGUUUGAAUGAAAUGCGCGAUUUGCCGAUUUGUGUUGAAUAGGUUAGAUUUUUCAAAAUAGGAACAAUAAUUAAACUAUAUUGAUGUAUUUGCUUAAAUAGUAUCAUGGAGUUUAAGAAAACUGCAGUAUUCUUAUCGGUACUGUGUUUACUUGGGUGCACGUGUGAUGGAGCUAAAAUAAACACUCCAAGGGUGUUGUUACCAUGGUUUGAAGAUUUGAAUAUAAAUUUCACCUUUGAAAUCAUUGAGGGGGGUUGUUACACAUGGAGUUUGUCUCGCGAUGACAUCAUUGACUUGGAGCCGCUGUACGAUGAUGCUACAGGUCAUUGUUCGCGGGCGGCGCGUGUCUCCGUCUCCAAGUCUUGUGUACCACCUGGUUCGGUGAUAAUUCUAGCCGAGGAAGUCAAUUCAGGCGAGAUUCUCCGAGGGGAUGUGGAUAUAGACAAGAUAAGGUCUCUAAAGGUUAUGAGUACAACAUGGAACCUCUUUCUAGAAGAAGCUCCUGAGGCCUUUGAAGUUGUGGCUUAUGAUGACCAGGGAAACAAAUUUUCAACACUGGAAGGAAUAAGUUUUACUUGGAGCAUUGAGAAUCUAGGAAGCAAUGUUGGAGAGGAUCCCUUGGUCACGCUAGUUCGUUGGCGAGACACAGACUAUGAAGCUCCACGCGGUGUCACAGAGCUGGAAGCUCGUGGUCUUCGGUCACAUUCCGUACUUCUAUAUGGUCAGGCAAUGGGAGAGUCUCGAGUUACUGUGUGCCUUGAAGACAUUUGCACUGAUUUCAACUUGCAAGUCAUUGCCAGUGUUGUUUUGAUGCCUGCAAUAGCAAGUAUUGUACCGGGAGAUUCUCUGAGAUAUAAGGUCGUAAGAGCACGUGCAGGCCGUCUAACAGUACAAGAUAUUACAGAGACUGUAUACUAUCUAAAAGUGCCAGACACAAGCAUUGCGCUAUUAGAAGACAGUGUCAGUUUGGUGAAAGGAACAGACAUAGGCACAACAAAUGUGUACUUAAUGUCAGGAGCUACCGAAGUGGCAACUGCAACACUCACAGUAGCUGAAGCACACUCAAUUCGAGUCACUCUACGUCCAUCAAACUUAGUCAUCAAAGGCGAACCCUUUGUAGUACAUUGCAUCGUUCUCGAUGACAAAGGCCAUGCGUUAAUGGCUGGUGACCAGAUUCUGAUACGGCUCACAGUGGAAGGAGAAGCGAAUGUAGACCUUUUGCAGUCUACGGAGAAUGGAACUUUGACUGAUGCGGUUGCAAAUAAUGCUGGUUCGUUGACUAUCACUGCGAGGUUGUAUUCUGUUGCUGGAAGGACUGUCUCACAGAAGGUGGAAGGUCAAGUAUCAGCAGUUGCUAUUGAACCAUUAGAAAUUGUACCGCCGCAUCUAUUUGUAUCUUGGACAGACACACUGCAAGAAGUGUCACUGAAGCAUAUUGGUGGUGGCGACGAACCCGUAAUAUGGUCGGAGAUUGAGAAUGAGUUGGCGCCUGACCCUCUCUCCCUGACAUCUGACGGUAUAGUGACGAUUAGAGGACCUGGACAAAUCGGAGUAAGGGUGCAAUUAAAGAAGUACCCACAUGUCAAGGCUAUCGGAAAGGUGUUGUCCGCUCCAUUCGAAAUGCUACAAGUGUCGAGUUCGGGUUACGCGAGGGUCGGUAAGCCACAUUACCUACACAUCGCGUUGACGGCAACGCACCCUGAGACGGGAGAACUUUAUAACUUCAAUACUUGCAACUGCGGCUCUUUUGCUGUUUCACUAUUGGAGGGACCGGAGCCACAAAAUGUCACCGUCGCUAAUUGGAUGAAGCCCAUUGACGGCGCAUGUUGCGUGGUGGAGUGUGCGUGGGGGUCGCGCGGCGUGUCGACAGUGCGCGUGUCGCGGGGCCGCGCGGGCGACACGGCGCGCGUGGCCGUCCGCGCCGCGCCCGCGCUGCUGUGGCCCAAGCAUGCCGCCGCGCUGCCCGGCGCCGCCAUACCCGUGUUAGCAGAGGGUGAAGCCCUAGUACCUCAGUCCCAGGACUCCCGAGUAGCCGAGUUGUCAGUACGUGAUGGCCCCCCGCCUCACCGAUACCCUGAUGUACAACUUUUCACCUUCAAGUGCCGUAGGAAAGGCGAGUCUGUAGUGGAAUUGGUAUCUACGGCGGCAGAGGAGCGUGAGUCCGUAUCGCUGGAGGGAGGCUGCGCCCCCCACGUGUCGCGCGUCAGGCUAGAAGCGCCUGACACGCCUGGGAACUGCUCCAAUCCACACAAAAUAUGGUUACGUCCAGGUCAAGAAUUAUCAGUAAAAGUGACGCUGCUGGACGCAAUAGGUCGUGAGCUUCUCGAUGAGAAUGGUCCUAAGAUGUCAUGGGAUAUUGAACCUUAUCACGCAGGCUUACAGUACCAAGCUACGGACAGGUUGUUUGUUGAAACACACCCUGAUUUCGUGCCUGUGCCCGUCCCGUAUAAGUAUUAUCAAGUCGUGUUAGCUGACGACACGGCUAUCGGAUGGACGGGCGCGUUGAAGGCAAGCAUUCCUGAAGCGACUGCCUCUAUACAGGCGAGGGUUGUGGCUCCGUUGAAAUGUGAUCCGCUCAAGGUGAACUUGGCUUGGGAAAGCGAGACGGUAACCAACAUAGCGACUAUAACUGGCGGUAGUGGUCGUUACGCAGUUGAGGCGCCAAAAGGGGUGUUGGCAGAGGUCGAGGAUGGCUCGCUAUCUGCUAAUGUACUCGGUCCAGGGUCCUAUGACCUUAUAGUAACCGAUCUGUGUGUUCAAGGAGAAAAACAGUUGAUUGAGGUCCACAUAGAAGAAGUACUAAGCGUAGAAGUAACGACGUCCCGUGCCGUAGGAGUUGGUGCGUGCGUGCCCGUAUCCGCGCUCGUAAAGGGCGUGUCCCAUCGAUACCUCACUGUUGGGAAACCACCUGAAUGGAGGACUUCUGGCUAUAUUUCUGUCAAAGAUGGCUCUCUUUGUGGUCUCCAAGAGGGUACUGGCAAGGUCCGUGCGCUGUUUGGCGGUGUAUGGAGCCCUGAAGUUGAGGUGCAAGUAUUCCCUGCGCUGGCGGUGGUCCCGAGCCGGCCCCGGCUGCCCCCGGGGUCGCGCGUCCAGCUGCGCCACGUGGGCGGGCCUCCGCCCCACCUCGCCCAGCUACACUACAGGCCCACGCAUGGACUGCCGCAUGUCGAGGUGACGCCAUCCGGUUCUGUGCUCGGUUUGUCGAUCGGUACGUCACGUAUCAAACUCGUUGCUACUGAUUUUAACAACGUUGAGAUGGCGAGCGCUGAAGCUGUAGUCGAGGUGGUCCCAAUUUCAAGUAUCCGUGUAAAGGCAGCGACUCAGAGUCUUUUGGUAGGAUCUCCAAGCCCCUUAUGGAUAGAGGCAGGGGGUCUCAGUGCCGCAGCCCUGGCUUCCCUCAUGCCACCACCAAGAGUCACUUGGUCCAUUCGUGACCCUGCUACUGCAAGAAUUUAUACCAGUCAUGCUGAUGAUAUGCUUGAGAGGUCGGUAGCUGAAGGUUUAUCAGUGCGAGUAGUGCCAUUGAAACCCGGAGUCAUCACUAUCGAUAUCCGAGUACGGAAUAUGGGACAGGCAGCAGAAACCCGUUCCUGGGACAGCACAAUCGAGAUCCUAGGUCUUUCCGAUAUCAGAACAUCAGUGGAAGGUCUUUCUAAGGAAAUAUCUUCAGGAGACAGACUGGCGUUAGCCGUCAGCUCUGUUAUCAAACUCAAGUCUUUGCCGAGAGGAACUUGGAAGGCGUAUGGAGAUGGUGCUGUAACUAUUAGUCCAGCUGGAGAAUUAAAUGCUGUAAGACCAGGACAUGCAGUCAUCGUAGCUCAACACAAGGAUGAAAGGAAUAAUAUCUUUAGAGAGACGGCGAUACAAGUGGAAGUGGCAGUGCCAUGGUACUGCACGUUAGAGAUUGGUGGAGAGUCCCCCGAAGCGGGGUUACGUCUCGUUAUGCGCAAUGCGCUAGGCCGCGCGCUACUCGCUCCGCAUGCCAAUGUCAGCGCUACUGGACCACUCGUCGUACAUAGCCGGCCUGCGAAACAUACUGACAGUGUCCACGGCCCAGAGCUGGUAAUACCAGAUUUGGAUGCUACGGGCGCCUUCAUGACGUUCCAAGGAACUGUAAGUGGUGUCACUGUGAAGGACGAAGUUUUGGUCACCGGAACGGAUGUGAAAGCUGACCGAGUUGUUGCGACGGGCGGUUGGGGCGUGUGCGUGGAGGGCUCUGGUUGGCGCGGGGCGGGCGGCGUGGCGCUGUACAGCGGCGGCGGCGUGUCGCUGGCCGUGCUGGCGCGCCCCGCCCCCGCCACGCAUGUGCUGCGCCGGGACCGGCCCCACGCUCUCUACACGCUGCAUCAACUGCAGCUCGACAAGAUGGAGUUCCUCCCCGGCGAAUGGGCAUCAGAAUUAGUUCCACUCUCGUUCACGGCAUCAGGUCUAUCAUCGGGCCCGCUCCUGUGUACUGAGGAGCAGAGAUAUGCACUGGAAGGCACACCCAUAGAACUACCUUACAACUGCCGGACUAAGGCACCGCAUACUGCUGAACCUGUUAUUGAUGUUAUUAAUGGACAAAUGGGCUGCAAGAUAAUCCCAGCAUCAACAGUCACGGAACCUGCAGAAGUAGAGUUAUGUGCCGACUGGGGCACAUACAGAGCUUGUACGAAAACGUUAUUAUUACCUCAGAUACGAGUGUCGACCAACAAAGUAUCGCUACUCAACCCGCCGGCUACGUUCACCGUGAUGGGUCAUUCACACGCUCUGAAGUUAGUCAGGUUGACGCCGUCGCCUGGUCUGAAGUUAGAAACGAAUACGGAAAAUGGUGAAAUAAUAGUUAUAGUGACAAACGAAGCUUCAACGUGUGGUCAUGGCUGGGUAACAGUUCGGUCGAAGCUGACGUCUCAGGAGCUAAGGGUGGACGUGCAACGGGAGUGCGACGUGGCCUGCGGCACUGUACUGGGAGCCCUGUUCUCAUUGCUGAAGCCCUACAUGUCUACCAUUGUCACCGUCGCUGCGGCCGCCGCUGCUUAUCUCUAUAUACAACAAAGAAUGCAAAGGAAAGCCCCGAUAAGGAUGCCGACAGACCCGAAUGAGACCAUUCUACCUCCAGAUCAAUCAACGCCAAUAUUGAAUCGAUCGCGGACAUGGUCUCGCAGUCCCUACGCGUCCAGUGGGCCGACGGCGCCCGUCUACGGUGACGCAAGCAUGCUACCAGAACAGAGCUUCUCUCCAAACUCGACGAGAAAUUCAAUGUUCCUAUAGCAGCUGCGAAGAGAUAGGGUACCAAGGCAAAGACGCGGGCUAGGACAUUAUGUACGUCGGUUUUUUACACCGUUUUCUAUGUAAAGGGAUAUAUUAUAAUUCUGUUACUUUUGACUAAAGAUUAUUGUAGAUUAUGGUACCAAUGUGUAAUGUUGGCGAUUACGGUGGCGCAUUGAGGCCUGAGCCGUCAGGCGAGGGUCUUAAGGAGCCG